UUAUUUUUUGCUCCUUUUUUAACCGUAUUUAGAAUCAGUCGAAAAGUUCAGGUGCUUUUAAGACAUCUUAAUAAGGGGUGGGGGCCUGGAGCUCUGUAAGCGAUAUCAUAAAGACACACACUCCUUCCCCCUCUCCUCCUCGAUUUUUUGCUUUUUUGAAAUUGAACACUAGUACUCUUUUUUGUUGGCAUGAACACAGAAUCGUACUUGCUGCAGUUUCUUAAGGACAAACAAGCAUGCUACACAAAAGAAUAAUAAAAAUAUAUCUGAUGGCAGAAAAUAUAGAAAAAUGCUGCUUUCCACUUGUAAUGAUAAUUUCCUGUUUGCUUUUGAAUGCUUGUUGAUCUCAUGAAAAUGUCCACUUCUGCUGCAAUGUCAACUUACACGACCAUGAUGCGUGUCAAUUCCGAAGGUCGCCCUUUUGCUAAAGACUUGUAUGAUUUAUUUUCAGCUCUCUUGAUCCAGUUACCAUUAUCACAGCAUCGCUCUUUAUUUAAAACAUAUCCUUCUACUUUCACAACAGAUGAAGCCGUAGAGAAAUUAGGACACUUAGAAGUCACCAAUCUUGUAUACACACCCAACCCGUUGGAUGUCAGCAACCCUAUCCUUACACGCACGACUACCACGUUCAGUAUGUCAAAGGACAUGGCAAAGGCACUGGCACAGCAUUUCAUCCAUGCGCGACUGUUCGAAAGCGUGACGGAUCCUCAAAACCAUAGAAAUAUACUUAAAGAUAAAAGAGGAGGUAGCAUCUGGACACUAACGCCAAAAGGAAAGUUUAUGAUCCAAGAUUUUAGCCAUCGUGCUCGUGUACCUAUAAAGCACAUGCAUGACCACUUGAAUCGUGUUCAGUUGCACUUUCCUAUUGUUCAGUUCGAAAGACUCUACGAUGAUGAUCAAAUUUCUUACACCAGACAGACCAUCGUCGACACUUUCAAACGAAUGAUGGACUGUAUAUCCACUGACACGAUUUUAAUCGACGAUAUUGGCGGAUUGAACAAUGUCAAUUUUAUUGAAUAUCGAGAUACCUUUUACGGUUAUCAGAGCUUUGAGUGGAUCAGCGAAUAUACUAGCGUCGUUUCCCAAAGAGAGGCUGAAUCUGUUGCCUCUGAAUUUCUACAAAAUGGCUGGAUGGCCCAACUUAUUGACAAAUCAGACAGGGAAUCCUACAAAAGAGAGGAUGUAGUCAAUUUCAAGUUAGAUCGAAGAACACAAUACUACAUGACAGACAAGGGGCGCCUAUUACUGCAAAAGAACAGUAGCCAAAAUAGCCACCUUUGUCCGAAUGGCAAAACUUUAGCGGCUGCUACAGCAAUACCUACUGUAGGAUUCACAGACUGUGUUCAACGGCCUAGAAACCAAAGCUCCACGACAGUAAAUAGUAGUAAUAGCAGUAUAAAGACUGCCAACAGCAAAACCAGCACAAACCAGCAACAACUACUUACGUCUCCACCUAAGCAGCAUUCGUCAUCCCAAACACCAAUAGAAAAUUUGAAGGCAGAGGAUACUGCCGGACCCGGCUAUGCGAGCCGCUUGCAAUCUACCACUAACUACAGUCUCGCUGAGCUGAAAGAUCUGAUCCCAAAAGCCUCCAUUACACAAUACAAAACAGUUGAAGACGGAUAUGCCUCGAAAGAAUCCUUAACAAAGGAAAUCAAUUCUCUACCAACAGAUUCUGUUUUGCAGCUAGAUAGUAAUUACGAUUUUGGAUUCUCUUCUAUCUCCUCAACAAGCUCAAGUAUGACUACGUCAACCCUACGAACAAAGCCAUCUCACAUAGCUGCGGAAAAACAAUUUAACCCUGAGCACCUUGAGCAAACAGGCGAAGCAUGUACACAACUGAAAGAGCAGCUACAAGGUCUGGAAGGGACAACGGAUGUAUCAUUACGUAAUAACAAUGUCCAACCCACCACUAGCACUACACUUUGCGAUUAUCAAAACAAUGCAGUCUUUAAAUCACACGCCAGACAAAAUUCAAACUCUCAGAACUCCAAGCUACAGAGUAUCCUGGAGGACCCUCUCACUCGCAUGUAUUUCCGUCAAUUUCUAAAAUCAUGCUUUUGCGAAGAGAAUAUAAACUUCUGGGUAGAUUAUACAAGUUUACUAAAAAAAGUACAGAGCUCCUUUCUAAAUUCUUCUGCUGCUUCAUCGAUGUCUACUUCUUCUUCUUCAUCAACAUCAACAACACUGUACAACAUAAUAGCAGUAGAUAGUAAGAUAUUACCACAGUCGUAUUCAUACGAAUCAUUACUGACGCACUGCUAUGCCAUUUACAAUAACUACUUUUGCUCUGACACUGCGUUCAAUGAGCUUAAUAUUGACCAUGGGUUGCGCUAUGAGAUCGCACUAUACAUCCAAUCGAUCUUUCCCAAUAGUUAUAACGAUGACAGUUAUAAAACUAUGAACAAAGAGCUGGGCGACAACAAUGGCAGUAGUAGUGAUGAAGAUAUCAAUAAAGGUAUAGCAGAUGCCGCCUAUGUACCUUUCGGGUCUAUUUCAGUUUCUGCUACUCAGCAACAGCAUCAUAUCAUCUCUUCGCCACCAAUGAGUAAAAAUAACAGCAGUAGUAGUCAUGGUUUCCGAAGAAGCAACAGCUAUCACCGCAAUCGACAUAGUAAUACUUUUCAACAAGGAAUACUGUCACUGAAGGGGACGACUAGUGACACUACUCUGUUGCAUCAUCAUUUAUGCAAUAUACUUCGAUUAUACGAUCAUGCAAAUGAGCAUAUUUGCUCAAUGAUGGCAGAGGAUUCUUUACCAAAGUUUCUAAAAACGCAAAAAUACAAAGAGUUAAUCUCGAAAGCACGAAAACCAUCAUCAACAGCAGCAUCGUAACCAUCUCAAAACAAUGGAAAUAGAAAAAGUGUGUUGCGAAUAGCAAUGCGCCAGCAUUACAUUUGAUCAUUUUCUUAUUUAGACAACGCCUCAUCCAUUUUACUUAAGCAUAUACUCUAAUCAAACAUUUACAAUUAUGAUUGCAUAUUACAUGAUAUCUUACAUAUGCCACAUCUUCAUAUUAUCGUCUAAGAGAUAAGAAUCACUCAUUCAUAGUUUCCUCCUUUGUCAGCAACUGUUAUAAAUCGGUCACUUACAUUUUGAAUAUAUUAACGAUAUAGCUAUCCUGUUAUCGUUUUGUCUCUAUUUAUAUACUAUGGUUGCUCUUCUUUUGGUUAUUAGUAUUGUCGAGCAGCAUAUAACGGCCCCAAUACAUGACGGAUUUCGCGGAACUUUGCUUUACUAGG